GGGACUUGAAGGCGAAGCUUAUGUUACCAAGAGUUUCUCGUGAGGCGAAUUCACGGCGUCCACGCCAUAUAUCGUGGACCGAGGAUUUCCGUUUUUUUUAAUAUACAGAGACGAGAGAAAAAACAUCAGAAAUGCGUGUUAAGAGGCAAUUAAUUAGAAACGCAUGACUCGAAAGUGUAAAAGAUUUAAAAAAAAUUCUCAAAAACGAGGGGAUGGACGCAAAUUUGAAAAUGGAACCUCCAAAAAAUGAUAUCAAAGUUUUCGUCAAGGAUCCCUUAUUAGAAAAUAAAACGAACCUCAUUGAGUGGAAUGUUGAUAUGAAUGUUAUUCUCUCUGGAUCAAAGAAAUUACAAUUUAUUCAGAGGAUAAAAAAUCUCCUGAUUUUCAUUUUAGUGGUUGCAUUUGCAGUCGUGUUCUCUCAUUUGAAAGGAGAAAUUCGUGCCUUACAAGUUCAGAUAAACGACAUGAAUGCAAACUUUGUGAUAUUAAUGUUGAAAUAUGAGAAAUUAGAGAAAAAUUGUAAUUUCCUUCAACGAUCGUACGAGAGAUUUCAAAUGAACACAAGGGAUUUGAAGAGGUUCUCGAGAAGAGAUUUCAAUCAUCAAAUUCCAUUACGGCCAACAACAACAAUAGUUGAGAGCCUAAAACAAAAUGAAAAAGAAAUGGAAAAAAAUCUAAAUUCCAGAAAUGAUAAUAAUUUUCAAAGUCUCGAGCAAGAAAAUUCAAAGUUUAUGAGGGGGAAAAAAAUAUUACGAACUCGAAGAUCUUUAUUAAUAGCGAAAAAAAAUUCAACAGAUGUUGAUUUUUUGCUUGAAAAUGAUAAAAGUGAUUACUAUGAAGAUGAAGAAGAGACGGAGGAGGAGGAAGAAGAUGUAAAUGAUAAAUUUACUGAAUCGGAGAGCAGUGAAUAUAGAAGUUCUCGAGCACGCAGAGAUGAAGGAAGAGGUAAAGAGGCGAGAAAGAACAAAAACAAAGGGAGGCCCAAACGCAGUCGCAGGCGAUUGGGUCCCUGGAUAGCAACUUUUGUUGGAGCCCAACCCGAGCAAUUCGUGACUGACUCAGGUAUUUUCAUCGGGCCUUGGGUGAAAAGUUCGAGAAACGAAUCGCGCUAUAAUUUCAACAAGUUUCAUCUAGUCGAGAAUGAAAAGUCCAUUGAAGUUACCACUAACGGCCUUUACAUGAUCUCAACGCAGAUAUUUUACUUCGGAGAAUCGACGAAUUAUUCAUAUUGGAUUCUAUUGAGUUCCGAGGGUUCAUCGAUACCGCAAAGACUCGCGAAAUGUGCGACAGUUUCGGCAGAGACAGUUACAGAAGUUUCGUGUCACACGAGUAUAAUAAUUCCACUAAAAAGAGGAGAUCGAGUGCGAUUACAGCAACAAGAACGUAAUAGAUUAAUAAAUCUUCGUGAGGGUCACAGUUAUAUUCAAAUAGCCCUUUUAUCGAAUGAUAUUCAAAAAAGAAGAUUAACAUGAAACGUUUAAUUUCUGAAAAAGGAGAA